GUUUUUGCAGUUUUCACACAAAUCUUAUUUUUCUCCCGGGACCUACCAAGUGUAUUUCUGGAAGCAACCAAGGUGACAAUAAUUGUGGCUGGAGUUACCUCCAUUUUCAUCUGCAAGCAGCAGCAGUGUGUGAACCUCAUUGCCUACUGUUAUUUAACCAAUUGAAGCAAAUAUCGUCGUCGUUUGAGAACGUUAUCGCUUCUUGCGUCUCCUUAUAUAUGCUCCACUUGUUCAAUUUCAAUCACGAAGAAUCGGAAUUGGAGUUUUGUGCAGAUAUAGAUUCAGAGACGAAGUAAAGAGACUCGAUCAUGAAUCUGGGAGAUGAAAUGCAGAGGGUUUUCCGCAGGAUCUCAAAGAGUGGCAACAUUGCGCUUCUCUUGCUCUGGCAUGUUCUCCACUUAAUUCUCAGUGUUUUAUACAUUAUUCGGGAGAUCUUUUAUGCAGUUGAAAGCUACCUUAUAACAAAUGGUUAUGUGAAAACGUACACAAAUCUAAAUUUAGACCGAGUCAAGUAUCUUGGACUUGUUGUGGACAGUGAUGAAGCCCGCAAGACCUCACAAGUUAUCGAACUUUUGGAGUGGCUUUCAGCCAUUGGUGUGAAAAAGGUCUGCUUAUAUGACCGGGAAGGGGUUUUGAAGAAGUCCAAGGAAGUCUUCGUGGAGAGAUUCGGUUCUGCAGAGCUCCCCAAUGAGAAUUCAAAAACCAUUCCCCUUCUCAGUAAAAAGCGAAUGGAUUUUGAAUUUGUUUCAAUCACUGAUGGAAAAGAAGCCGUUGCGAAAGCUGCCAACCUACUUUUUAAAAAGUAUUAUGUGGAUGCUGAUUCAGAAAAACCGUUUUUUACCGAAACGUACUUGACUGAGGCACUGAGGACCCUUGGUGCUGUAGAACCUGAUCCUGAUCUUUUAUUAAUUUAUGGACCCGCGAGAUGCCUCCUUGGUUUUCCAGCAUGGCGGAUUCGUUAUACAGAGAUGGUACACAUGGGACCUUUGAAGUACAAGAAAUAUGGUUUGAUUUUGAAAGCCAUUCACAGAUUCACCAAGGUGAAGCAAAACUUCGGCUCAUAAGAUCCGACCACGAGGAAUUGUAUCACUACAUGAGCGUUAAGGGGAGCAAUAGCGCAGUUCCAGAUGGACUUUACCUCCUCCUGUAAAUGUCAAUUUUCUGGGUUUUUGUUUACUCAUGUCAUAAACUGAAUAACAAAUCCAUACUGGUAUCCAGUUGUUGCAAAUUGAGCAUC